AUUAUUUUGACUUCUGUCAACUUACAAAAUUCCACGUGCUUUAACAUAAUUUUAAUUUACGUCAACUAAUAUCAAAUUCUUGGGUUUAACAUUCAUACUAAUUAGCUUAACCGGUGACAAAUAAUUUAAUCUACUUUUUGCGUCAUUGAUUAACAUUAUAAGCCUAUAUCAUGUCCGCUAUAAGUAAAAUCAAGCCAUUUCUUAGACCAGCAAUUCAAACUGCGAUUUUAAUGAGUGCAGGUGAUAUUAUAGCACAAACUGUUAUAUACAAAAGAUCUUUUAAUGAAAUAGAUUUGAGACGAACUAGACAAUUUGCUUGCCUUGGAUUCUUUUUAGUGGGCCCCUCUUCAAUAAUUUGGUACACAGUAUUAUCAAAAUUGGUAUCAGCAAAAGAUCCGAAAGCAGCAUUAAAAAAAGUAUUUUUUGAUCAAUGUUGUUUUGCUCCAUGUUCAAUGGUAGUGUGUUUAUUCACAUUGGGAUUGAUUCAAGGAAAAACAGUAGAUGAUACUAUUGCUGGUAUAAAAAAAAAUUACUUCGAUAUCCUUAUGACAAACUACAAACUUUUCCCGCUCGUUCAAUUGGUUAACUUUUAUUUUGUCCCGCUUAAACAUCAAGUACUUCUCGUCCAAUCUGUCGCUUUGAUAUUCAAUACUUAUUUAUCUUGGAAAACGCAAGAUGCUAAAUAAGUUUUUAUGGUAAGCCUUUUGAAGAGGAUGAUAAGAUCAAGCUUAAGAAGAAAAUUAUAAAGAAAUUAUAAGAAUUUGAGUACACAAAUUCGAUUUAUGGUGUGAUAAUUGAUUUUAUCUGAUUUUUAUAGUGAAGACCUCAAGUUAUUCUAUUCGUUAGCAAGUAUAAUAGCAUAAAUAAAUAAUUAAAAAAAUAGAAA